AUGUCCGAGUGGCUGGGAUGCCGGAUAACUGUCUGGAGUCGGGCGAUCACAUUCUCGGCCUUCGGUAAAGAAAGUGAGCCGGCGGGGCCACAUUCAAUCAGCUCAGCCUCAUUGAAGAUGAAAGAAACUUCGAAAAAUAAACAAUCCAAACUUGAAACCAACUCAGAAUCACCUUCUCAUCAAAUCAACAAAGCUAUCAAAAAUGUAUCUCGAGCAGUUAAGAAAGCGAAAACCUUUGAAGUUCAACAUUUUUUACGAAAGAUCAAAUCAAUCAAAGAUCCAAAUCCCAAGUCAAGAGUAGAUCCUAGUCAAUUACCUGAAUUAGAAUCCGAUCUUCAUGAUCUCAGAGCUAUAGACCCAACAAGUUUUGCUACUUUGAUCAUCUCAUUACGAUUACUCAAACUACGCCAAACCCUACCUUCAUCUCUUCCUCCGGUUGAACCUCUUCAUGGUCGUAUAGCAAACAAACUUUCAAGUAACAAGCUUAUAUCAAAAACUUUAGCAGAAGAGACAUCGACUCUUCGUACCGCACUUUCUGAUUCCUCAAAUCCUUCUACUACCCCCAACCGAAGCUCUUCAAGGCCUCAAAGUAGCAAAGAUACUCAUCCAAUACGUUCUCAAGCUUUGAAUGAUAGGCCUACAAAGCGACGACGUGAAAGCCAUAGUGAAGAGUCUGACAGUGGUAGUGAUGAUGGAGACGAAGCUCGCUACUCACCACCAGAACGAUCCGUGAAGGGUAAAAUGCGAGAACAUACAACCAAUCAAGCCACGAGAGCCGAAGAAACCUCGAGUGAAAUUGAUUCCAAUUCUGAAAGUGAAGAAUCAGAUGAAGAAAGAAUCGAAUAUUCAAAUACAAUGGAUCGUAGACCCACUUCAUCAACUUUCUUACCCACCCUGAAUGUAGGUUAUAUUGAUGGUUCAGAUGGAAGUGAUCUUGAUGAUCCAGUUUACGAUCGACUAGAGCGAGAAAUGGGACGUAAGAACAGACGUGGUCAACAAGCUCGUCGAGCAAUCUGGGAAAAGAAAUACGGAAAGGGAGCCAAACAUUUACAAAAGAUUGCAGCCAAAAAACAAGCACCAGUACCACCGCCACCGAAGUCAAUAGACACAACCAAAUCAAAUCUACCUAAUCCUAAUCUAGCACCAAUUGGACAAAGGAAAGCAGUACAUCCAAGUUGGGAAGCUAAAGUGAAACAACAAGCAGCUUUAGCAAGUGCCGUUCCGAAAGGGAAAAAGAUUGUUUUUGAUUAAAAGGUUUUCUGGAAUAAGAUAUCAAUUUUAUUAUUAUUGAAGUUCAAGUCCAAGUUGGAGUUUUCUUAUUCGAGUCUAUUGAGUUGAUCUGUCUUCGCAGUUUUCUUACAAAUAUGUAUUAUAUUUGAUAUACAAACUCUUAAUGACAUUUCACAAC